UGGAAAAUGCAGUGACCGUUCAACUCGCGAUAACGAUAACAAAAGUAUCUCAAGGUUGCUCGCAGUUGCAUUUCUGAUUAUACGCUCUUUUUCUCAGCCGCAGAGCGUAUUUCAACCGCAGCCGCAAAAACAAACUCAAACUCGCUGCUAAUCGCUGCAUAAAUUGCUGUUCGAAUUGAACAAUUGAACAGUCUCAGUUCGCAGCUCAGAUCGGAAAUAAGCUACAAAAGCCAGUCAAAGCAAAAAUCAAAUAAUAAAAAUAAUAACAGCAGCUGUUUGCAUUCGUGUGAUUUGAAGCUUAAAAAUGAGAUUGGUCAUCUUGGAAACCAGCGACUCGGUGGGCAAGUGGGCAGCCAAAUAUGUGAUGAAACGUAUCAAUGACUUCCAGCCGACCGCCGACAGAUACUUUGUGCUGGGCCUGCCCACGGGAUCCACUCCAUUGGGGAUGUACAAAGAACUGAUCGAGUUUCACAAGCAGGGCAAGGUGUCCUUUCAGUAUGUGAAAACCUUCAAUAUGGAUGAGUAUGUGGGACUGGCCAGAGAUCACCAUGAAAGCUAUCACUACUUCAUGUGGAACAACUUCUUUAAGCACAUCGACAUUGAACCCAAGAAUGUGCACAUUUUGGAUGGCAAUGCAGCUGAUCUGGUGGCCGAGUGCAAUAAGUUUGAGGAUCAGAUCCGCGAGGCUGGAGGAGUGGAGCUGUUUAUCGGUGGCAUUGGACCCGAUGGCCAUAUUGCCUUCAAUGAGCCCGGAUCCUCAUUGGUGUCCAGGACUCGUGUGAAAACUCUGGCGCAGGAUACACUAGAAGCGAAUGCCCGGUUCUUCGAAAACGAUAUGAGCAAGGUGCCCAAACAGGCUUUAACCGUGGGCGUUGGUACUGUGAUGGACUCUAACGAGGUGAUGAUCCUGAUCACCGGAGCUCACAAGGCAUUCGCCCUGUACAAGGCCAUCGAGGAGGGUGUGAAUCACAUGUGGACUGUUAGUGCCUUCCAGCAGCAUGCAAAUACACUGAUGAUCUGCGAUGAGGACGCCACCUUGGAGCUGAGAGUUAAGACCGUGAAAUACUUCAAGGGCAUUCUCAGAGAUCUAGACGAAGGCUCCCAACUGGAGGGCUACAAAAACUAAUUUUGCGUAAAGUAUGCCGCUUUAUUCUCCCUUUUCUACGCCAAACUGAACAUUUAGAGACCAAAGCUAGUUUUAAGUAAAUUAUAUUGACGCCUAGGAAUAUCUCUGCGAUCAAAAGAACCAAAAACUCUGCCAAGUAAUCGUGUUUGGAUGGAAGACUGCCUGCGGCUAUAUACUAGUUCUUAUAUGCUAGACUUUAAGUUAGCAUCAACCAGCUCAAAAUGAGAACAAAAUGUAAUAUU